GAUAUUCUGAAGCAACCAUAUGCAUGAUCGCUGACAUGUGAGACUAUCAUCAGUUAAUUAAAGGUUGUUGCAUCUAUUUUGGCGAUUUCACUAUGGCAACUCUGACAAGGCAGGACCUUAAUUUUGGCCAAGUUGUUGCUGACAUUCUGUGUGAGUUUUUGGAAGUGGCCAUUCACCUCAUCCUCUAUGUCAGAGAAGUGUAUCCGUCUGGCAUCUUUCAGAAAAGGAAGAAAUAUAACGUUCCUGUGCAGAUGUCAUGCCAUCCUGAUUUAAAUCAGUACAUUCAAGACACGCUCCAUUGUGUCAAGCCAUUGAUAGAGAAGAAUGAGGCUGAGAAGGUUGUAGUGGUGAUCAUGGAUAAAGAGCAUCAUCCAGUGGAGAGAUUUGUGUUUGAGAUCUCACAGCCUCCACUGCUGUCCAUCAGCUCAGAGACUCUGCUGUCCCAUGUGGAGCAGCUUCUGAGAGCUGUGAUUCUAAAAAUCAGUGUGUGUGACGCUGUUCUAGACACCAAUCCUCCAGGAUGUACAUUCACAGUGCUGGUACACACCAGGGAAGCUGCCACAAGAAACAUGGAAAAAGUUCAGGUCAUCAAGGAUUUUCCAUGGAUUGUAGCAGAUGAGCAGGAAGUUCACAUGGAAGAGGCUAAACUCAUUCCUCUAAAAACGAUGACUUCCGAUAUUCUCAAGAUGCAACUAUAUGUAGAAGAAAAAACACAGAAAACUUGAUGCACUGCAAGUGGAGUACAUGAAUUAUUCUGUUAGUUUCUGUUUCUACAGGAAGUGGUUUUAAGUAUUUGUAUUUCUCAGAAACUUAAAGGAAAUGUAUUGAGCUGGGCUUUACUUCUUUUUAAGUAAGUAGAAUUAAUGUUUAUCAGUAUGUCUGUAUCUUUUGCCUGUUUCAUUUUUAUCACUUUUUGCUCAAGAUUUGUCAUUGUGCUGAAAUUGUUGCUGACAUUUGUGGCUACUCUCCAGUUUUUAAAGCUAUAGGGAAGUAUGAGACUUGAAAACAGUUUUGAAACUGCGCAGCGCAACAUCUACAUUUUGUUAAGUGAGAGGAAUAAAUGCAUACAAAUGA